AUGGAUCAAGAUCAAAGUCAAGACUCAGAUGAGCAUACUCGAAAGAGUCGCAAAUUCGACGAUGAUACUAAUAAUGAUACUAAUGACAAAGGCUUACAAAGGGGUAUGGAUAAAUCGAUAUCACCUCCUCCAUUGCGAAGACGUAGGAUGGAACGUCUAAGGCAAAUGGUACCUGAGAAUAAGAUGGAAAGUUUAGAGCAGAUGAUACCUGAGGAUAGUCUAAAGGAGAUGAUACCCGACUACAAGAUGGAAAAUCUAAAGCAGAUGGUACCUGAAAAUAGUCUAAAGGAGAUGAUACCCGAAGACAGGGUGGAAAGUCCAAAGCAGAUGGUACCUGAGAAUAAUCUAAAGCAGAUGGUACCGGAGAACAAGAAAGAGAGUCUAAAGCAGAUGGUACCUGACAACAAGAUGGAAAGUCCCAAGCAAAAGGUGGUGAAGUCACCAUUUCAGCUUACAACUAUCCAAGAUCUGCCUGCUUCAUCUAACGUGGAUACUGUUUCAUUAAAGGAUCUUUUGGGCGACCCUCUUAUUUCAGAAUGUUGGGAGUUUAACUAUCUCCACAAUCUUGACUUUUUGAUGGAACAAUUUGAUGAAGAUGUACAGAAUCUGGUCAAAGUUAAUGUGGUACAUGGUUUUUGGAAAAGAGAAGAUCAAUCAAGGUUUAAUCUCAAGGAGCAAGCUUUAAAGUAUCCCAAUAUCAAACUUCUCACAGCUUACAUGCCUGAGAUGUUCGGUACUCACCACUCCAAGAUGCUCAUUCUUUUUCGACAUGAUUUCACUGCACAAGUCAUCAUUCAUACGGCCAAUAUGAUCCCAUUCGAUUGGACAAAUAUGACCCAAGCCGUGUGGAAAUCUCCUCUUUUGCCUCUUCUCAACCAGGAAAACCCAAUCCUAAUCGAGUCCAAUGAAAUGGGAUCAGGAUCAAAGUUCAAAAAAGAUUUACUCAACUACCUACGAGCUUAUGAUACCAGAAGAGUUAUAUGCAAACCAUUAAUUGAACAGCUCCUCAAACAUGAUUUCUCUGAAAUUCGAGCAGCUCUUGUUGCGAGUGCUCUAGGAAAGCAAGAUAUCGAAAUUGACUCAACAGAGACAGCAUGGGGGUGGCCAGGUCUCACAAACGUACUCAAGUUUGUACCUUGCAGUAAAGCCCAAGCCGAGAUCGUAGUCCAAAUCUCCUCGAUUGCAUCUCUUGGCACAACAGAUAAAUGGUUAAAUCAAACAUUUUUCAAAGCCCUCGCCGAUGAAAUAAGAAGAAGUUUAAAUGGAUAUGCAUCUGGCAAUGCAAUCCAUACGAAAAUUCUCACGCCAGCUCAACUCAAACAAUUAGCAUACUUAAAACCAAUGCUCCAUCAUUGGGCCGGAGACGGACCUCAACAUACAUCACCAUCUCAACCCUCAUCCCAACCAGAACCCACAACCCCAUCAAACACCAACUCACUCCCCCAAAACCCCUCAAUCUCACCACAAAACGCUCUCCGCAAACGCGCAGCCCCUCAUAUAAAAACAUACAUCCGCUUCAGCGACCACACUCACACUAAUAAAUCCAUAGACUGGAUAUUAGUCACCUCUGCAAAUCUCUCGAAACAAGCUUGGGGUGAAAAUGUUAAUGUGGCGGGUGAAGUAAGGGUGUGUAGUUAUGAGAUUGGAGUUUUGGUUUGGCCGGGGUUGUGGGGGGAGGGGGAAGGGGAAGGGGAAAGGGAGAGGGCGAGGAUGGUGCCUUGUUUUGGGGGGGAUGUGCCGGAUAUUGAGGGGGAGAGGGCUGGAGGUAAGAGUGUUGGGGAGGAGAAUGUAGAGGGAACAGAGGAGGGAACGGAGGAAGAGGGAAAGGAAAUAAGUGAAAAUAACAUCCUAAUCGGAGCAAGAAUACCCUACGAUUUACCCAUAACUCCAUACGGAAUAAACGAUAUCCCAUGGUGCGCAACAGCUACAUAUGCAGAACCCGAUUGGAUGGGUAAUACGUGGAAUACAUAA